AUGGCAAUGACCUCUAAAUCUCCCGAGGAAGUGCCCCAAGUCGAACUGCCGCCCACUGGACGGGUCUACAAGGUCUACAAGCGGCGAUUCUGGGGGUUAGCGCAGUUAGUAUUGCUUAAUAUCGUCGUGAGCUGGGAUUGGCUGACCUUUUCCUCCAUCUCGACGACGGCCUCCGAACAUUUCGGUGUCUCGGAAAGUGCCAUCAACUGGAUGAGCACGGGAUAUCUCUUCGCUUUCUGUGCUGCCAGUCCAGUCGUGAUCUUUACUCUCAACCGAGGGGGUCCUAAACCGGCCAUCAUCGCAACGUCUUCUCUCCUGUUGGUGGGCAACUGGAUUCGGUAUGCGGGGACUCGCGCCCGGGGCGGUAUGUUUGGCGUCGCGAUGUUCGGCCAGAUCUUGAUCGGAUUCGCACAGCCAUUCUGUCUGAGCGCUCCAACCCGAUACAGUGACCUGUGGUUUUCGGAUCGCGGACGAACCAGUGCGACUGCCCUAGCCACUCUGGCCAACCCGCUCGGAGCGGCACUGGGCCAGCUGGUAGAUUCGGUCUGGGCGGAGGCGGCGAGCCAGAUCCCAGAUAUGGUUCUCUACAUCUCGAUUAUUGCAACUGUAGCCUCACUGCCUUCCUUCUUCCUCCCUGCAAAACCGCCCACACCCCCCAGUGCCUCGUCGGCCACCGUCCGAACGCCUCUGAUCCCGGCUAUGUCGCAACUGGUGCGAACACUCGAGUUCUGGCUCAUCCUGAUCCCCUUCUCCGUCUACGUGGGGUUCUUCAACAGUGUAUCGUCACUGCUGAACCAGAUCCUCUCCCCAUACGACUUCAGCGAAACGGAAGCCGGCAUCGCAGGUGGGAUCCUCAUCAUCGUGGGCCUGAUCAGCUCCGCCAUCAUCUCACCCAUCACCGACCGAUUCAAACACUACUUGGGCACCAUCCGAAUUCUGAUUCCCAUCGUAGCAAUCUGCUACAUCGCUCUGAUCUUCACCCCCUCCAGUCCCGUCGGCAUUGUACCCUCGUACGUCGUCCUCGCUCUCCUGGGUGCCUCCUCCUUCGCUCUCCUCCCUGUCGUCCUUGAGUACCUCGUCGAGAUCACGUAUCCCUUUUCCCCCGAGAUCGGCAGCACCAUCUGCUGGACGGGCGGGCAGCUUCUCGGCGCGGCGUUCAUCCUGAUCCAGGAUGCGCUGAAGGCGGGCCCUCGCGCCUCCCCGCCAGAGAAUAUGAGAAAUGCGCUCAUCUUCUCCGCUGUGCUUGCUGCCGUGGCGGCACCGUUUCCCAUCUGUAUUGGGUUGUUCGGAUGGGAUGUCCGUCGACGUCGGCUGGAUAUCGAUCGGGGAGUGAAUUUGGAUGGCACUGACCCUGGUCAUGAAGUCGAGAUUUAA